AUGGAUUUCCGAGACAAUCCCAGCUCCGGAGGUAGCUUGAGUAGCGUGGACUCGGACGUGAUCGACUUCCGUACACGUAGGAAACACAGGCAAUCUCCGUCGAAGCACCCAAGAGACACCGGCAAAGCAAAACGAAGCGCAGAGACAGCAAAAAAAAAAACUCAACGCAAGUAUCGAAAGAAACGACGCAGGCAACGCUCAGUGUCCAGUAGCUCUUCUGCGGAGUCUACCAGGUCAUCUGCAGAGUCGAACCGCAGCGAAGAGGACGGGAGGACUAGAACUCGGCCAAGGGAGACCGAAGAAUCGGGAGACGAAAGUGCUGGAUCUGAUGUUAUCAAUGCCCGCGACGUUCAUGUGACGGUUUCUGCGUUAGAUUUCCACGUAUUCGAAAGCUGCAAAGCCCUAGAGAGUUACUUGAAAGCGUAUACGUCUCGCACAUUCCAGAUCAAUGCUUGCGUGCGGCAGACUACCAGCACGACAUGGGAGGUAUACGGUACUAAGCAGAUUGCAGAACACAACCACGACGUCGGACCAGACGUGUAUCAAACGUACCAUGAGGCCCGCCAAGUUUCCGACGAAGAUGUUUUGUCAACAGUUCGUGUGCUGCAUCGCUGUGGGGCGAACCGAAAAAGAAUUUUAGAGUACAUUAUGGAGAACUCUACCGUAGAACCGACUAUGAAGGACGAGCACAACUUUGUACAACGUCUGAAAAAAGAGAGCUACAACUACCCAACGAUGGAGAAGCGGAUCGAGCACAUACUAUCGGACUUUUCUGACGUCAAAGAAAAUCUGUCCCGUUUGGAUACUAAUGACGAGGCAGUGGCCGAGUGUAUCUCGAUCCAAACUCGCCAUAUGCGAUCAAUGUUCGCCAACUUUCCUGAGGUUCUUAUGAUCGACGCAACGCAUGGUACUAAUGUGUCUCACUACAAAUUAUUCAGCUUCAUGAGCCACGAUGCGCUCGGCAAAGGGCAGCACGUACAGCAUUGUCUUUUCGAAAACGAAAGGAAGGAGACGCUGCGUGUAGCGUGUCAGCAAUUCAAGGAAGGGUGUGCGACUCACGAUGAUAUUGCCGUCAUUAUCAUCGAUAAAGACUUUACAGAGAUCGGUGCCCUGGAGGAGGAAUUUCCGCAUGCCCGGAUAUUGUUGUGCCACUUUCAUGUCGUAAAAUAUUUGCAAGAGAAGGUGAAGUAUAAUAUGGACGCCUGGACGAAGAGCGAGAUGAAGCGGCUGAUACGUCUACUUAGCGACGUGAAGCGGCAGCUUUGGUUCGACUACUUCGACGCGAACUGGACCUCGUGCAAGGAGAUGUGGACAGCAUUCAGUCGUGGAAACGCGCCGCACCUGGGUAACCGCACUAACAAUAGGCUCGAGUCCGGUUGGGGAAAACUUAGAACUCUAGUGGAUCGAUCAACCAUUCUUGACGACUGCGUUGUCUCGAUCCUUUUCUGGCAGACGGUAAAGGAACGAAAAUGGUCGAACAAAAUGAACAGGGUUGACGUUUCCGUUAAUGCAGGCUUGAAUGAGGACCUCAACGGAAUGUCACUCUUGGUUUCAUGUCAUGCUCUUGAGUACGUGAGCCAACAGUGCGAGUUUGCUGUCCGACCGGAUACGAAAUACCAUUGCUACCCGGUUGGUCCGUAUGUGAUGAUGCAGUAUGUGUCUGGCGACUCUGCAGACGUGCCUGAUAAGUAUAUGGUGAAUGUGGGGAAUUGGUCGUACUCCUGCAUGUUUUACGUUACGCGUCUACUAGCGUGUCGACAUAUGAUUUAUUAUCGUAAGCAAGAAGGGUGUGUCCAGUUGCUUGUGGAGAGUAUGGUUCAUCAUCGGUGGCUAGUGAAAAGCUAUCGCCUACUACAAAAGAGCUUGCGCGGUGUUGAUGACGUGGAAAACCAGUUCGAAACGAGAGUGAUGAAGGAGCGACGACCCGGGAUCCCUAAAUCGGAAAACGACAAAUUCCGAGAACUGUUCACUCUAGACAAAUCGAUUGCUGAGGUUGGUUGUGAAUGGAAUAUCUCAGAGCACGAUGCUCUGACUUCCGCGCUGUUGAAGUUUUUGACGGUAGUGAAAUCGGGCACCUGUCCAGUUGUGGAGCAAGCGCGAGGGAGCUUGUCUUCGGAAGCCUCGUGUAGAGCCGUUGGUACUAGCGAGCUAGAGAAUGAUACCGAGAGCUGUCAGAGAGAGAAACGAAUUGCAAACAAUACCGAGACUGGUCAUGAGUCUCGAACUGGUGAAACUGUGGACUUAACUCAGACUGUGGACAGCGAGCUGUCACCACAAGGUCGAGCAGUGAAAGCUCUUGUAAACGACAUGGAUUCGGGUUGUCUUGACUUAACUGAAGAAGAUUUCGAGAACCGCGAGGAUAAACCUGAGCAGAUGUUCAAGUCUAACUGCGACCGAGUCUAA